AUCAAGACAGGAGCGGACGCCCCGUGAAACCCGCCACCGCACCACCCACCUUUCUCCUUUGCCUCCAUUCCCUCUCUCCCGUCGUCUCCCCCUCCGACGACCUGAUCUCUUCUCCCCCUCCGCGCCACCGCCACCUCGCUCCCCGGCCGUCUAGCACCAUCGUCCGCGGUCUCGGCCUCGGCACAGCAGGACCUCCAGCACCGCACCCUCUUCAAAUUUGGUCAGACCGCUCCUCCGACCGCCACCGGCGCGUCAGGCUGCAUACAGUAUUGUGGCAACGGCAUUAUGGGGACAAAAUCACCACACGCUGAUUCAGACAAGACGGAGAUUGGAGAAAUAGAUACAAGGGCUCCUUUCGAAUCUGUUAAAGCUGCAGUAAGUUUGUUUGGUGAGGUCCGGUUUUCCUCUGACAGAUCCGCCACCAGAAAGGCACAGGCCCCUCAAGCAGAGAGGGUGUUGGCUAAGGAGACAGAACUGCACUUGGCUCAGAAAGAACUGGAUAAAUACAAGGAACAGCUAAGUAACGCCGAGACUACCAGACUCCAAGCCCUCUCUGAGCUGGAGAGAGCUAAAAAGAGCGUUGAGGAUCUAACAAAUAAGCUUGAUGCAGUCAACAAGUCUAAAGAAGUGAAUAUCCGGGCAACAGAAAAUGCAAAUAUUCGAACAAAGGAGCUUGAAGGCGGCAGCUCUGGUGAAGUCGUUGGAAAGGAUGGUCCUUUGAAGCAGGAGCUAGACAACGCGAGGGAACAGUAUGCUAUUGCUUUGGCAGAUCUUGAUGCAGCAAAGCAGGAGCUUAGAAAAAUGAGAAAGGAUUUUGAAACCUCACUGGAUGCUAAGUUAUUAGCUGCCCAGCAGGAAGCAGAGUCUGUGCAGUCUUCUGAAUCAAACAAGGAAAAGGCAUCUCAACUCCGUACCGAGAUUGCAAUGGUUCAAGAGUCACUUAUGCAUGCUAAGGCAGCCACGGAGCAAGCACGUGAAGAGGAGGCAAACAUCCUUGCUGAGAAGGAUGUUGCUAGGAGAACUUGUAAAGAAUCUCUGGAAGAAGCUCACAGGAAAUUGUCAAAUUUGAGAAAUGAUUUUGAUCCUGUAGCUUUCAAGGGCCUCCAGGAGAAACUCGACGAGACUUAUUCUGAGAUUGCAUCUUUGCAGAAAAAGAUCGAAGAUGCGAGAGAUAGAGAUUUGGAGUCUGUUUCUGCUGUCAGCACGGAGUUGGAUGAUGCUAAAGAAACGUUGCAGAAAGUUGCACAAGAGCAAACUUCUCUUAGCAGUUUAGUUGAAUCGCUGAGGCUGGAGUUACAGGUUGUAAAGGAGGAACACAAUCAGCUGAAAAAUAAGGAUGCAGAAAUUGAAUCUAUUGUAGGGGACCUCCAUGUUAAGCUCCAGAAGUGUAAAUCUGAUCUUGACACAGCAGUAGCCACAGAAUCGGAUGCAACAUUAGCUUCUGAUGACCUGAUGCUGGCCCUCGAGCAGUUGUCUUCUGAAUCAAAAAGUGCUCUUCAGGAAGCUGAGGUGAUGCAAAAGCGUGCAGCUGAGUUAAGAGACGAAGCUGAAGCAGCACGCGCCUCAUUAGUGGAAGCAGAGCAAAAGUUGCAAUCCUCCUUGAAGGAAGCAGAAGUAGCAAAAGCUGCUGAAACAAGGGCUCUCGAUCAGAUCAAGCAACUAUCAGAAAAGGCAAGUGCUGUCCGCGCCUCAAUAUCCGAGCCAGGUGCAAACAUCACGAUCUCAAAGGAGGAGUUUGAAUCUCUAAGCCGAAAAGUAGAGCAAACGGAGAAGCUGGCUGAGAUGAAGGUCGCUGCUGCUAUGGCCCAGGUGGACGCUGUUAGAGCCAGCGAGAAUGAGGCGAUCAAGAAACUGGAAGCUGCCCGCAAGGAGAUGGAGGACAUGGAACUGGCAACAGAGGAGGCGCUAAAGAAGGCAGAGACAGCGGAAGCAGCGAACAAGGCGGUCGAAAGUGAGCUCAAGAGGUGGCGAGAGAAGGAAGAACAAAACAAAAACGCCGAGACCUACGCGCCUCCGCCGGGAGCUACAUCACUGGCGGACGCUCCAUCUCAGAAGGCUUCUGCCGCACGAGCCAAUGAGAAGAGCAACGGACAUCAGAAGAACAGCAAGGCUCUAUUGCGGAAGAGCUUCAUGCUGCCUAGCAUCACAGGAAUGUUCCACCAUAAGAAGAAGAACAAUGCUGAUGGCAGUUCCCCCUCAUAAUAUGUCCCAGGUUCUUACUCGCAAAUCCGAACUACAACACAUUGUUCAUUUGUACGAGUAUAUUUCUAGUAGUGUUGUACCUUUGUAAUGUGCCGAACUCUUAACUUUUGUCAUGUAACCGUGUUCAUGCUGUAUAUGUAUGUCUGUACUUUUUGGUGGUAA